AUGGAAGGUGGAGGAGAAACUGGUUUUCCCUAUUGCUACUUCCAAACUAGCAAGCCCACGCCUCCUUUAUACCGAUCAAGUUGUCCAUUAACAGCCAUAGAGAGGUUCUUGUUCGCUAAUAACCAUUUCCCUCUCCGGCAACCUCCAGAUUUUGUACAGAACAAAGGAGAAGCCAUUCCGGCAACUGGGCACUUGCAGAGUUUUCCUUCUCAUCAUGCUGGUGCCAUUAGCAGCCAUUCGCUCGAGAGAGAUUUUAGUGUUGGUUUGAACGGAGAAGACAAAGCACCGCCGGAAAAUUCUAAAGGAGUUGGAAAGAGAGGUGACGCUGCCAAAUCUACAAAUCUAAUCAAGUUUAAAAGGAUGUGGUCAGACGAAGAAGACAGUUCACUGAUACUGAAAGUUUUCUUGGCUUUUCCUUUCGUUUAUCUGUUUCGAAGAAAACUUGUUGAGUUGGUGACUCUACAUGGAGAGAAAAACUGGGCUCUGAUAGCUGAAUGUAUGCUCCGCCGGACCGGAAAACAGUGCCGUGACCGGUGGCACAACCAUUUGCGCCCUCACAUCAAGAAGAAUUCAUGGACUGAAGAGGAAGAACACAUCCUAGUUGAAGCUCACAAGGCAUUCGGCAACAAAUGGGCAAAAAUUGCCAAAAGCAUUCCCAGUAGGACCGAGAACUCAAUAAAGAAUCAUUGGAAUACAACUUUAAGAAGGCAGAAAUCGAACAAAAGGAUCAAGAAAUCGCCACAGCACCAAAGGCCAACCAUACUUGAAGACUACAUCAAAGGGGUGAUUAUGAUUAUGACCCCUACUGAGGACUUAUCAAACAAUUUGGCUGAUCUUUCCCUCUCGGAUUCCUCCAUCGAUGACUUCUACUCUUCCCAAAUCAUGAACCAGACGGGUGACGAUGAGCUCAACUUCAUGAAAAACUUUUUUCGCGACAAAAAUGAGCACCGGCUAGCCGUUGAUAACGGCAAAACCAUGGCCGAAAAUGAAGCAAAAACUCUUCAAGAUGAUGCUCUCUUAGUCAGUAACAAUGUUGGAGGGGGCUCUCCCUCUAGCAUUAAUCCGAACCAACGCACGAACAUAAAUACCCUAAGGAGAAAACCAGCCGGAGCCCAUCUCUCUUCUGAUUUGCAGAUUUCCUAUCUGUUGGAUGGACCCGUCAAUUCAGAUUCCGUGAAUUACUGCUUUGAUAGCCUAAACCCGGUGAACUCUUCUUCAAGUGGGAAGAAAGAUAUGGAUUUGGCGGAGAUGGUUUUUUCGUUCUGA